CAUUUCCUUUCCUCCUCUCAAGGCUAUUGUUCUUCAUGAUGGAGCCUCAUUUUUUUACUGGAUGUAGUAAGCUAGGUGCGGAUGCUCUUGAUCCCUUGUAUUUUCUCACCACUACGUAUGUCUUGGAUGUAAAAUUGAUUGUUUCCAAGAUGGCCAGUGAUGAGGAUUCACUAGAUGAUCAAAACCCUAGAUCUUGGACCGUUAGCAACACUAGUGCUAUUAACAAGACAGAAGAAGCAUCCAGCACGGUCCAGGAUCAUCACCCACAAAAAGCAGUAGUGAACUUCUUAAAGGAUGAGAAUACCACCAAAACGAUCCAUGAGCAAUGGCAAGCAAAAGCUAAGGUUGCGUCGUAGCCUAUAAGCCGGUGUUAUCCCGACUGAGCUUUCUAUUAUCCCUAAACUCUCCCAUAUGCCUAUAGUUAAAUCAUUUUCUGGCCACUCCUCAUGCCAGAAUUAAUGUUCUUGACCUUGUAAGGCCUUUUCUUGACCUUGUAAGGCCCUCCCCUUACGUUUCUCGUGCCGCCGGGUGUCUCCAACCUCACACUUUCUCCCCCCUUCUAUCCCUCCUGAGCUAUCUCCAUGCAUAUUUUGUCUAGCAAUCUAGAUGAGACAUGAGAGAUGAUAUUGGAAUAAAAGUCUGUGGUAAAUUAAAUUUUUA